ACAUUCGUAGAUCAAAUUUCUUCUUCAACUCCAAAACUGUGUACUGCGUGCGCUCCACCCUUCUUCUUCGUUUCUUCGCUUCUCUUCAUCAAUGGAGAAAACCCUUUAUUCAUCUUUCACAUUCUCUCUUCCUUCUACACCUUCCAAUCCAUCUCUUUCCCUUCUCAGUUCUUCUUUCCCCAUCUCAUCUUUCAAAACCUCACCUUUCUCCAAAUGUCGCAUCAGAGCCUCCGUCGCGGUUGAACAACAAACCCAGAAGACUAAGACCGCUAUUAUCAGAAUUGGUACCAGAGGAAGUCCACUAGCUUUGGCUCAGGCACACGAGACAAGAGACAAACUCAUAGCAUCGCAUACAGAGUUAGCUGAAGAAGGGGCUAUUCAGAUUGUAAUAAUUAAAACAACCGGUGACAAAAUACAGUCACAGCCGCUCGCAGACAUAGGUGGGAAAGGUUUGUUCACCAAAGAAAUAGAUGAGGCACUCAUAAAUGGGGACAUUGACAUCGCUGUUCACUCAAUGAAAGAUGUUCCUACGUACUUACCAGAGCCAACUAUUUUGCCAUGUAAUCUUCCACGAGAGGAUGUCAGGGAUGCAUUUAUAUCGUUGAGUGCAGCUUCACUUGCUGAUCUACCGUCUGGAAGUGUUAUUGGUACUGCUUCACUUAGACGAAAGUCACAAAUCCUCCAUAGAUAUCCAUCUCUAACUGUGCAAGAUAAUUUCCGUGGCAAUGUCCAAACAAGGCUGAGAAAACUCAGUGAGGGGGUUGUCAAAGCUACUUUAUUGGCUUUAGCUGGACUGAAACGAUUAAAUAUGACAGAAAAUGUAACUUCAACUCUAUCAAUUGAAGAUAUGCUUCCAGCUGUUGCACAAGGUGCAAUUGGAAUAGCCUGUAGACGUAAUGAUGAUAAAAUGGCAGAAUAUCUUGCUUCGUUGAAUCACGAAGAAACAAGACUAGCAAUUUCUUGUGAAAGAGCCUUCCUUACGACGUUGGAUGGGUCUUGCCGGACGCCUAUUGCAGGGUAUGCUAGCAGAGACAAGGAUGGCAAUUGCUUGUUUAGAGGAUUAGUUGCUUCCCCUGAUGGAACCCGUGUGCUUGAAACUUCUAGAAUCGGUCCUUUUGCUUAUGAAGAUAUGAUGAAGAUUGGUAAGGAUGCCGGGGAAGAGCUUCUUUCUCGAGCCGGACCUGGCUUUUUCAGUAGUUAGCAGCCUAGAUUAUAAGUUUCAACACUCAAUUUGUAACACAGGUAUGGUAGGUUGUAUUAUCAAAGCGUUUUAAAGUGGCUGCACCCUGAGUUUGUUUAUUCUUUUUCAACUGAACUCCUUUUCACGAUCAAAGUGUUGUAUUUUUUUUUUUUGACAGAAGUGUUGUAUUUUAUUAGGUGAUUGGAAAGUCAAUUUUUGUAAUAUUUAUUGUUCCUGCAAUAGUGAAGUUUCACAAUCAUCUUUCGAUGCAAAAUUUCUCAUUAAUAAUAUUAAACUUGAUGCGUUAUUGUUCAA